AUGGCAAGUCUGAUGAGUCAGAGUCUGUUGACCUACGUAGAAGAAGGAAAUGUUCCUGCUCUGAAAGCACUUCUUGAGAAAUGCAGGGAUGUAGAUGAGAGAAAUGAGAACGGCCAGACUCCACUCAUGUUGGCUGCUGAGCAAGGCAAUUUAGAAAUUGUCCAGGAGCUUCUCAAGAAGGGAGCUAAUUGCAACUUGGAAGAUGCGGAUAACUGGACAGCUCUUAUUUCCGCAGCUAAAGAAGGACAUGCAGCUAUUGUAGAGGAGCUACUCAAUUAUAAUGUCAGUUUGGAGCAUCGGGAUUUGGGAGGAUGGACUGCCCUGAUGUGGGCAUCAUAUAAGGGCCGUACCGAAGUAGCUAAACUGCUGCUUGAGAAAGGAGCAAAUCCAAACAUCACAGGAAUGCAAUACAGUGUUUAUCCAAUUAUUUGGGCAGCAGGACGGGGCCACUCAGAUAUAGUACAUCUCUUACUGCAACAUGGUGCUAAAGUGAACUGCUCUGACAAAUAUGGAACCACCCCACUGGUUUGGGCAGCGAGGAAAGGUCAUUUGGAGUGUGUGAAAUACUUGCUGCAGAUGGGAGCCGAUGUUGAUCAAGAAGGAGCUAAUUCUAUGACUGCACUUAUUGUGGCAGUGAAGGGUGGCUAUACUGAUUCAGUAAAAGAAAUACUGAAAAGGAACCCAAAUGUAAACUUAACAGAUAAAGAUGGAAAUACAGCGUUGAUGAUUGCAUCAAAGGAGGGACAUACUGAAAUUGUGCAGGAUCUUCUUGAUGCUGGAACUUAUGUGAACAUUCCCGAUAGAAGUGGAGAUACAGUGCUGAUUGGGGCUGUUAGAGGAGGUCAUGUUGAAAUUGUGAGGGCCCUCCUCCAUAAAUACGCUGAUAUAGAUAUCAGAGGUCAGGAUAAUAAAACUGCUUUAUAUUGGGCAGUUGAGAAAGGAAAUGCUACAAUGGUGAGGGAUAUCUUGCAAUGCAACCCUGAUACUGAAACAUGUACAAAGGAUGGAGAAACACCGCUUAUAAAGGCAACCAAGAUGAGAAAUAUUGAAAUAGUAGAGCUUCUUCUGGAUAAAGGAGCUAAGGUCUCUGCUGUAGACAAGAAAGGAGAUACUCCACUUCAUAUUGCCAUUCGUGGAAGAAGCCGUAAACUUGCUGAAUUACUCUUAAGAAAUCCAAAAGAUGGUAGAUUGCUUUAUAGACCCAACAAAACAGGAGAAACGCCUUACAAUAUUGACUGUAGCCACCAGAAGAGUAUUUUAACACAGAUAUUUGGAGCCAGACACUUGUCUCCCACGGAAUCUGAUGGUGACAUGCUGGGUUACGAUCUGUACAGCAGUGCUUUGGCUGAUAUUCUGAGUGAACCAACCAUGCAGCCACCUAUCUGUGUAGGCUUAUAUGCACAGUGGGGAAGUGGAAAAUCUUUCCUGCUCAAGAAACUGGAAGAUGAAAUGAAGACUUUCGCAGGACAGCAGAUUGAACCUCUGUUUCAGUUCUCCUGGCUUAUUGUAUUCCUCACACUUUUGCUGUGCGGAGGUUUGGGUUUGUUGCUUGCUUUCACAGUGGAUGCAAAGCUUGGAAUAGCAGUGUCACUCAGCCUAUUAGCAGUUCUCUACAUUUUCUUUACUGUAAUUUACUUUGGUGGCCGAAGAGAAGGUGAGAGCUGGAACUGGGCCUGGGUGUUAAGUGCAAGGCUGGCGAGACAUAUUGGAUAUUUAGAGUUGCUUCUCAAACUCAUGUUUGUGAACCCGCCAGAAUUACCAGAGCAAACCACUAAAGCUUUACCUGUCAGAUUUUUGUUUACGGACUACAAUAGACUAUCCAGUGUAGGUGGAGAAACUUCAUUGGCUGAGAUGAUUGCUACCCUCUCUGAUGCAUGUGAAAGGGAAUUUGGUUUCUUAGCAACAAGGCUAUUUCGAGUUUUCAAGACAGAAGAUACACAAGGUAAAAAGAAAUGGAAGAAAACUUGCUGCCUCCCAUCCUUUGUGAUUUUCCUGUUCAUAUUGUCUUGCGUUGUUUCUGCGAUUGCCCUGCUGGCAAUUUUUAAUGUAGAACCAGGCAACAUGACAGUGAAUGUUAUUCUUAUAUCAGUUACCUGUGUUGUUGGUUUGGCCUUUAUCUUGAAUUGUCGCACAUGGUGGCAAGUCAUGGAUUCAGUUUUGAAUUCUCAAAGAAAACGUCUUCACAAUGCUGCCUCCAAGCUGCACAAGUUGAAAAGCGAGGGGUUCAUGAAGGUUUUGAAGUGUGAAGUGGAACUGAUGGCCAAAAUGGCAAAAACCAUUGACAGCUUCACUCAGAACCAGACAAGGCUUGUUGUAAUUAUUGAUGGACUGGAUGCUUGUGAACAGGACAAAGUUUUACAGAUGCUUGAUACUGUGCGAGUCUUGUUUUCAAAAGGCCCAUUUAUUGCUAUUUUUGCAAGUGACCCACACAUUAUUAUAAAGGCUAUUAAUCAGAAUCUCAACAGUGUUCUACGUGAUUCAAACAUAAAUGGACAUGAUUACAUGAGAAACAUAGUCCAUUUGCCUGUUUUUCUGAAUAGCCGAGGGCUUAGUAAUGCAAAAAAACUGAUGGUAGCUUCGACAACCAAUGGGGAUAUUCCUUAUACAGAUAAUGCAGGACUGCAUGAAGAGGUUGACAGGAGAGUUUCUCAGAACAGUCUUGGAGACAUGACCAAGCUUGGUAGCAAAACUGCUCUCAAUAGGCGGGAUACUUACCGAAGACGCCAGAUGCAACGUACCAUUACCCGCCAAAUGUCUUUUGAUUUGACCAAGCUGCUGGUUACAGAGGAUUGGUUCAGCGAUAUCAGUCCUCAGACCAUGAGAAGAUUGCUAAAUAUUGUUUCAGUGACAGGUCGUUUAUUGAGAGCUAAUCAGAUCACAUUCAGCUGGGAUAGACUGGCUAGUUGGAUCAAUCUCACAGAGCAGUGGCCGUAUAGAACAUCGUGGCUCAUACUGCACCUUGAAGAGACUGAAGGUGUUCCGGAUCAGCUGACUUUAAAAACCAUCUAUGAAAGAAUUUCAAAGAAUAUUCCUACAACUAAAGAUGUUGAACCUCUACUUGAAAUUGAUGGAGAUAUACGGAACUUCGAAGUAUUUUUAUCUUCACGAACACCUGUUCUUGUUGCACGUGAUGUAAGAACCUUUUUGCCAUGUACUGUAAACUUAGAUCCCAAGCUACGAGAAAUUAUUGCAGAUGUUCGUGCUGCAAGAGAUCAAAUGAAUAUUGGAGGACUUCCUUAUCCCACAUUGCCUUUACAUGAGGCACCUGCUAGAGCAACAUCUCUGUUCAGUCAGCCUUCAUCAGCUUGCUCUUCUACAGCCUCUUUCAACGGACCUUUCAAUAGCGGAGUUUUAUCACCGCAACCUCAUAGCAGUUACUAUAGUGGUAUGACAGGACCUCAGCAUCCGUUUUACAAUCGGCCAUUCUUUGCCCCAUAUCUUUACAUGCCAAGGUAUUACCCUGGCAGUUCUCAUCUCAUCUCACGUCCACCACUAAAAACGAGUUUGUCCAGAGAUCAGAACAAUGGCCUAGAUGUUAUCAAGGAGGAUGCUGAUGAGGGGCUUCCUUCACCCACAGACCCCUCAAUGACUGUAGUUUACUGUUCUUUACUGAAUGGAUCAAAGCUGGAUGUCAAACCG